AAUACAAUCAUUCAUUUAAUUCAAGUAUCAUUAACCGCAGCCACCAUUGGUUUAUGUUCUAGAAGCUUGAGCAUUGACAAUGAAAUCAGUAAAAGAGUUUGGUCUUUUUUAAUUUCUCAAUCCUCGAUUAUCUUAGCUGUUUCUUUGCUAUUUUUGUUUAAAAUCAUGGAUUUUGAGCAUAAUAAUGGAAUCUUCUAUUGUUUAGCAAGUUGUGGUUUAACAAUUUCUGCUAUGGGCGUUUGUAUAGGUAUUUUGCAAACAAGAAAUUGUGGGAUGGACAUAGACUCCUGUCGUAUUAGAAGAGCUAUCACUGCUUUAAUUUGCACCUCAACUUUUAUUUGGGUGAUCAUCUUAGUUCAAUUUCUAAUUGUCUUUUACGUCUCAAGAUUAGGCAAAGACAAAUUCUUGCCUUCUGCUUUUCCUGAUGAAACUUUCCAAAGAAAUCCUAAU